AUGCUGCGCAAGUCACCGUGCCUGCUUCACCUUGCUGUGGAGCGCAUGGUGGAUAUCGUCGGCAACAACGGUCAGAUUGGUAUAUGCACAUUAUCGUCAGCCUCAGCCACGAACCCGCAAUUUCGGGUUAAAGGAUCCAAUAUCGAGGUUGACUGCCACGACCAACGAUGGUUGACGUAUGACCGGCUAGCCAGUACAAUCAUGUCCAAACCUCCCCUUUUGGUUCCUCCGUCCUUGCCGUUUCGCAUUUUUAUAACAUCAUUGUACAAGUCAGUAAAAGCGACCGCCGAGUGUCUCUAUUCCCUUUUUUGUGGUCCCACAGCUCAUCACCCAUCGGCCCAGUGAGGCGGCUUUCGAUCUCCUGCGUAGCCUCCUGGUUUACGGACCUAACGUGCGGCAAGCCGCUGCGGACGCCCUCGCCUCACCCUUCUUCGCGGACCUCUUCAACCAACCGGCCUCCGAGGCGGGGACAGGGAAAUCCACUCAGAACUUCAUUGACAACUUCUCAGAGGAGGGUAAGUGCCACCCGCCUCCCGACCUGCCCGCUGAUGUUUCUGAUAAGGCUCCGACUGUGAGUAGCAGUAAUUUCUGAAGGUGUGCCUCAUCGACGUUUCCACUUCUUCUGUGCUACAGCUCGCGACUGAACAGAGGUAUUAUAAAUUCUCCUACAUAUACAGACAUAGACCAUAUCGGUGUUCAAAAGUGCCCAUCUUAUCUGAGCCCCUAGUGACUUCGAAGCCACUAACGACGCCGGUACUUCGGCCGUUCAGCUGACCACUGAAUCCUCCCAGCAUCUUCCAUGUUACCUCUAGCAUAUAUUCUUUUAGGUUUUACAUUUGUAUGUAUUAUACAAAGUUUCAGACCGCAAUUCAAAAAAAGUUUGUCAUGACGAAUUCAUUCUGAGAAAAUUGAAAAAAAAGUUCCUGGGGAACCGUUACACUCAUUCUAUGCCACAGUGUCAACAUCAGCUCAUGAAUUUGACAAUUCUCUUGCCCAUGUCAGCAGUGAUUCUGCUGGCUAUCACAUCUCACAACUACGAAGAUGUUCAGGCAGAACGACUGCUCCUUCUUCUGUAUCUUGACUCUGUCAAUGGCUUUUGGGUGAAAAUCCUUACAGCCACCGCCUAAAGUCAUGUCCGCUAAGAAAAAACACGACUACUCAAGCGGCGAGCGUUGUUUUUCAUUGAUCGUCCGUGCCUGUGCAGAUAUGAGGUCAUUUAAUACCCAUAAACCUCUGGACUAGAUAUCGGCUAUGUUGUAUUCUUAAAAGCAACAUAAAAAAUGGGGCAUAUUCUACGUUUCUUAAAUAACUAUCUCAGCGUCUCAACAUUUUCGCAAGCACAAGCUUCUUGGAAGCUGAAAGGUUGGCUGUCCUCAGAAAUAAACUUCUACUGACAUUUGCAUCUGUACAAAAUCAGUGUGAGGCCUUUUCUGUGCAUUAUUUCUAUGAAAUAUGAUUGAGUUUAAACAGAUAUUGAAAGUAAAGGGAAAAAGUAUGCAUUGGUGAAGUGUUGGUUACUCUUAACGAGUUUGUCUGAAAGCGCCCGUCUGACAUUCUUCGAACGUGCCGGCCCCAUUAAAGUUGGAUUGGCUUCUCCCUAGGAGCCAAACCAGCCUGUAGGCGCGGCUUUACCUGGUGGGGAGACGCUUCGGUUGCCCCCAUACGACUUAGCCUGCCAGUCGAAACAGGCACCGAGGUGUGGUGGUUGAUGUCCUGAGUGCAAUUUCGUUGAGACAUGCAUAAUUGGAUGCCAAGUGCCUCAAGGUCCUCAAAGCGACCGUCAGUUAACUGCCCUGCCCCGGCGCCCGUCGGGACGCUUGGAAACGGAGUUCCACGGAAAGGAUUAUACAACUUGCCUUGUUUAAUUUACUAAGAAAUUGAUGCGCCAACUUGUAGACCUUUUCAGACACAGUCCGAAAUUUGAUAUGAAUAUUUGAGCUGAAACCCAUCAGCUACUGCGGAAUAACCGCGUAAUAUUCACAAACCGCCAACAGGCAGCCAGUAGUAUAGAAUUGUGUAGUUUACCGUACUAACAACACAGGUAUUAGCCAAGUUCGCGCAUUAAUUUCCUCGCAAGGCCGCCACAGUGUCAGCAUCAGCUCCUGAAUCUGACAAUUCUCUUGCCCAUGUCAGCGGUGAUUCUGCUGGCUAUCACAUCUCACGACCACAAGGACGUCCAGGCAGAACGACUGCUUCUUCUCCUGUAUCCUGACCUUACCAAUGGCUUUUGGGUGAGCAUCUUUCCAGCCACCGGCGAAAGUCAAAUUCGCUAAGAAGAAACACGACUACUCAAGCUGCGAGCGUUGUUUUCCAUUGAUCGUCCGUACCUGUGCAAAUUUGAGGCCAUUUAAUGCCCGUACACUUCUGGAGUCCCCACGUGCGAUCUAGUAUGUAAUCCACUUUCCAACGUUUAUCUCUUUUAAGGUUGCAAAAAUUCCCAAGGAGCAAUUUAAAAGAGCAUCUGACGAGCAUACGUGUGCUUUGGAUAAAUUCUCAUCCGGAACGAGUUACAAAGUAAAGCGCGUGAGCGACAAGAGAGAUAGAUUACGGUUCGUCUUUUCAUGCAAGCGAGGUGUGUGAAUAAGGGCGGGGGAGGAGGCAGUAGGUGGCCCCUCUCUCUUGACAGUUGGUCGAGCCUCUAGCUGCCGUCGGCAGCUCGAGCCAUAGAUCCCGUGACUUAUCUGCGAAGAUGACGCAGUCCUUCCUCCUCUGUGGAAUGUGGCAUUUUUAGAGUGCAUGGCAGAUCCUGCAUGAUCCAAGGGAUCACAUAAAGAAGCAGUUGAUAUCUUUUUAAUGACAACUCACUGCCGCUUCAUCAGGGUCCUCUUUUCAGGCGUGACGAACGUCCAGUGACAAAACUUGACGAAUGUACGACAAAAGCAACUAGUGACUGAACCUUGAAACUAUAAUGCUAACUUGGACCGUUUUAAAGUUGCGAAAAUUCCCAUGGAACACUUCAGAAGAGCAUUUAGCGAGCAUACGCGUGUUGUCGAUAAAUUUUCAUCAGGCCUGUACAUUUAUAUGGGGACGAGGUACAAGCUGAAUCGUGUUAACGAUAAGGCAAUCAAUUAAGGUGCGUCUUUUCACACAAAUGGGGUAUGUGAAUAGAAGAGGUGAGGGGGGGGUGAAGAGGGAGUCAGCGACAGUGAGGGUUAGGUAGAGACGCGCCAAAAGGAGAAGGGGAGGACAGGGGCGCGGAGACAUGCAUACAGUUAAUUGAUCCUUGGCCACGGUAGAGGCGGAGAGUGCAAGAGGCUCUUCUGCACACACAGGAUCGGCUUCUGUGGCCUGAUGGCAGUCGUUUCUGCUGUUGCUAGUAGGCGCUGACCUAGUCGCUUAGGGUAGUUAGGUGGGACCUUGUAAAUAGCACGGAAGGCUUCAUUGGGGUCCACUCAAUACCCAAAAUCGAACAUGUGAGCGAGGACGGAGCUGUGUAUGCUCUUAAUUUCACCUUUCCUCAACCACACCGGCAGGUGUUUUCGUAUUCUUAUGGAUAGGCGCCGACUCGUACGGCCAAUAUAACCCGCUCCACAGGAGCAAGAUAUAAAUCUAUAGUACAGGCUAUAAGAGGGUGGGGGGAGGGCGUGAGGAACUUUAAUAACCUCGAAAGUUUCAACAGUUGCCUUUCUGCUUGUUCACAGUUCAGUGAUCAAGGAUACGGACUGGAACCUACUGCCCUACCAACUGGGUGUAAAGCCCACCCUUGAAGCUCUGAACAGUUCUGUCUCAGGUAGCUAGUGGGUAGAUUUAGCGUGAACGCCAGUAUCCAGUUGCCACGGACGAUUAGUUUAGUCAUUUCGUCCGUCUAAUUCUUGUAUUGUGGUGGAGGAGCGCUCACCGAUUAUGUUAAGGAACUCACUCGUCCCGUUCUGCCUUAGGGCUCCCUCGAGCCCAACUAGCAGCGGCACAGUGGCGCCUAAUAUAGGCAGAGUUGGGCUCGAGAGAGAGCCCUAAGGCACAACAGGACGAGUGAGUUCCGUAGCAUAAUCGGUGAGCGCCCCUCUACCAUUCCAUAUUCCCGAUCGCAACUGAGAGGACGAUGAGCCCGUGGCUCAGUGGUAAGAGGUGUUGGACUUCUAACCAACAGGUCGUGGGACCGAGCCCCGGAUGUUCCACACUUCGGGGUUGCGUAUGACCGGCAGACGACGACUAAUGAGUCAGAAAUGGCCAGUCCAGUAUCCGUUGUCCUUGUGGGUAAUAUUAACUCUUGUACCACCUGCCAACCUUCGUUUAGUUCGGUUUUCCAUCUUACGACGGUGACAGACGCCCACGCCACAUUGGCCGAAUUCAGACAGAAAAAGAGGUUGGGUAUGAUUGCUGCAGGCAUAAGUGAGGGACAGGACCCUGCGUUAAUUCAUUCAGCCUCACGUCUGAUAUCCAAGACUCACGAUCAUCUCUAUUGGGACGGUUUUGUUCAAGCAAAACACUUCUUUGGAAGUAUACCUUCUCCCCGCCUUUUUUGCCUGCUUGGAGUUUACUAGUUUUCGUAAAAGACCAUUUGACGUCGUAGAAACGCUUAUUCAAAUUCCUGCAAUAUAUUCAUUGUGAAUGGGGUUUUUCCGUUUGUAUAUUCGGAACAGAGUCUGUACUUUUGCAUGUCACUAAGCCUGCUAGGCCACCAUAACUGCAGCGCUUUAAUUGGCAACAAUCAGAAUGUAAAUUUUUUUCGCAGUAUUCCAUCCCCUAGGUUUUAAAGUUGUUUGUGGCUUAAAUUGAUGCAAAACAAUUUGAAGCGGGAUUUGCGAAGUGUUGCGUGAAGGUGAAGAGCGUUUCGUGUUGGAUCAAUAGGCUCCCCCCACGUCCCCCCAACUGCUAGAAGUAUUUGGCCGCCAAUGUUAGACGAUCUUUUGUAGCUGCUCGAAAUUACAGUCAGCGACCGAUCUCAUGAAAUGUUGGUUGAAGUUCUGAAAUGCGUUUUCGAUUAGGAAGGAUUACUGAAGUGGGGUUGUAAUAUUGAUUACCUUACGACAUAAUCCUAUAAUAUUUAGGACUCGGCAGGACGUCAGCUUUUAAAUGCACUGUUUAUUGAUCUCCUGUAGAAACCGAACUCGGUAAAAAGUGGCGUUUACCAUUGCCCCUCAUGAAAUUUACAACACGAUCCCCAUCCAUUGCAAAAUGUUGUGGACUCAGUAUGGAAUCUUUUUAAAGGCAUAGAAGAAUAUGUGAUUUUCUUUACGCAGAACGCAUGCACCUCGUAGACUGAAAUCACUAGGCGCCAAUGCAACGAAUUCGGGAAUUAGAAAACUUAUUUAAAACCAAAUUAUUCUCCAUUUUCGAGCAUAGAAUAUAAGGAGGAUGUCAUUUUCUAUCAAACGACUCAAAGAAAGCAUACUUUUGUUCGUUGUUUCUAUAAAAUAUGUUUGAAUUUGGAAGACCAUCUGAAAUCAGUGGGGCAAAUGCAUGCUACUUAAGUAGUCACUUUUUUACCGAGUACGGUUUGUACAGGAGAUUAAUAAACAGUGCAUUCAAAAGCUGACAUCCUGCCAAGUCCGAAAUUUUAUCCGAUUAUGUCGUAAGAUAAUCAAUAUCAAAGCCGCGCCUAAGUAAUUCUUCUCAAUCGAAAACGCAUUUCAGAAUUUCAGCGAACACUUCAUGAGAUCGGUCACUCACUGUAAGCCACCGUAAGUGAAACGCUCAAAAUCAGAUCAAUUCGGCAUUUGGAAAAUUUUUAAUUUACAAUCCAAACCACGUAUGUGAACGAGGCCCACACACGUGCGUUGACGUGCUCGUCCUUCGAGCGCGUGUGCCCCUAAAACGGGCCACGCGGUGGAUGCUGGUAGGCGUUAUUGGGAAUGUGCAUCCAUUCCCAACAAAUGCCAACAUUCUGGAUGCAGUGGCAGAUCGCGCCAAUUGGGAUCCCCGCCGCCCCCACUUUUGUUGAUGUUGCUGUUGUUGGAAAUUCUGGUCAAGUGUCAGCUGUGAUGGUGCGCUUAGGUGAGGUUUUUUUGCCGCGCCAGCUACCUGCGGCCACUCCCGCCUCUGGUCCUCUUGACUUGGCCGUAGCACCAGAUCCAGACGGCAAGGAGGGAGUGCGGCAGGUGCUGCACAAGUCCCCCAUAACUAUAGAAUGACGCGCAAGUCGGCGUCCCUGCUCUCACUCUACUGUGCAGCAGCCUGCGGACAUCGUCGAAAUCGACGGUCGAACUGUCGAUUUGAGCGUGCACUUGAAGGGCAGGGGGGGGGCGUAUGUGCAUGUCAUGUUUGGGCAAUCGGCUGAUCGAUUGGCCGAUAUACAGUCAUCUCUCUGAUUGGCUUGCGCCUACAGCCACACUUGUUAGCGUUUGCUUGCCAGUCGCUAAGCUAACCAGUAUCAACGCCUUAGCAACUCGCCGACCCUGAAGCGUGAGCAUACGCCUACAUGUCUGCUUUACCGGCACUACCAGGCCGCGCGCCGCAUCUCGCGCUUCAGGUUGUCGGCGGGAACAGCUUACAUUCGGAACGCUGCAGCUGCGCUCCUACAUAAAUGAGCUAAUGGUGAUUUUCUUGAAGGCUUAUUAAUUACCGGUUUGAGUCUGGGAGCAGACUUUCUGGGUGAACAGCUAUAGCGGCAGUCGGAGUGCCGCAGUUUUGUAUUAUUGUGCAGCAACUUUCGGUAGCGCAAUUUGUAUCAUGUUGUUCGCCUCCGCACUGCUUUGUCUACACAACAGCGACGUUCGACGGCCUCGGAUUCGGUUUCAGCAAAGCGUAGUAGCCGACUCGGGUUUUUCCGAAUGUAUACCCUGGAGAUCACAUGCCAGCAAACAGUCAGUAAUCAAGAUGUAUUCACGGCAAUGAUCAUUUCCGCAUUGCGUGCCGUCAUAAACCGGCCAUACUCCAACCCACGUCGCGAAUACCUGCAAAAUGAACCGGGGUCUCAUUGUCCAACCGUCCCCGGUCGGUCAGCACUACUUGUGACCGGCCUUUCCAGAUCACAAUCUGCAAGGCAUGUGUCCGUCGUUUGAUGCAAAAGAGUUAACCCAGUAUUCACCCAGGCCUUGCUGACGACGACAAAUUGGUUGGAAACGCCGAUUCAGCCCGCCCUAACUUUUGUAGGUAGUGAUCUCCGUUCAGCACUAUGUAUCUUACACGCCCUACCAAGAUAUGUCCUACUUGUAUUUUGCAUCCCACAAUUUGAGUAAUCUUUCGCAUCUUCUUCUUCCCUCGUAAGAGUUGGCCUACCUCCCGGAACAGCUAGUUGUAAAGAUACGAGCGGUCGCAGCAUCGGACAAGACAAGCAAGCAAACGGGUCCAACAUUGGGCCAAUCGAAUUCCAACUCUGCCCAUUUGCCCUAUCCGCUCAGUGAGGGGUCAGUCCCACCCGCUGGUACCGCCAGCGGAAGCAGCAGUGGGCGUUCACAUCGUUCCUCACAUCGCCACCACUACCAUCACCACCCCCAUCAGCAGCAGCAGCAAAAUGACAAUCCACACGCCGAGCCAGGAACCGACGCCCCAUCGUCCCGUUGUUCACAGUCUGCCAGGCGAACCAGCAUGCCGGAUGGCUGGAGCAGCAGUCGAGACGGUUCCCCCGCCACAGGCUCUGUUGGUGGUGGCGUUGGUGGCAGUGGAAGGUCAGGCGGUCUUGCCUCCUAUUGCAGUCGACGAGGCUCUUCCACCGUAGCGACCGCUGCCACUAACAACACCAACGCCAGUGAGUCCUCAUCUCGCCAUAUUUGGUAAGCACUACGUCCGUCGUUAAUGUUUCUGACCGGUAGUAGCGGCAAACAUGACGUUCCUGUGAAAGCCUGUUGUAGGCGAUGGCGUCCAUCGUUGCCGCACGCGGUGGGUCAUCUGCGAUGGCCUGCGCGUGAAUGGGCUUAUAGUGAGGCGUACUUGCACAGCAUCUACUGCACUCUCCUCCCUCUCCCACCUUGUUCCUCUGACAGGAUAAAGUAAAAACGACCAAUACCCCUGUUUUCGUUGUAGCAUAAAAUCGUGGUUAGUGUCUACUGUGGACGAGAAAGUUUGGUGGUCCUCCUAGGUGCUGGUUUUCGUCGUGCCAGCCACCCGCGCCCUCUCUCACCUCCAGUCUUCUUGACUCUGUCAUAAAAUUGGAACCAGGUGGGGGAGGAGAGAGUGCGGUAGAUGCUGUGCAAGUCCAUUAUCAGUAUAAACUAAUUCACGCGCAUAUCAUCGCCCCUGCACCCACCCUGCUGUGGACACUGUCGGUCACGGCGAUCGAACUGUUGCGUGUAUUCAUGUGUAUGUUUUGAGUUAGACAGGAUUUGGAGCCGAAAACUAUUUUAAAACCGUCCAUCCGUGCAAACAGAAAGUACGAGUAUCAUUCAGAAAGGCUUCCACAAAUUUUGGGUUGCUGAAUCCACUGAUCGACUCUACCGUAGCGAUGGCGUUUAUGGUCUCUGAACACUGGCCGGUCUCACCAGCUGUUCCUCAACGCCUCUUCUUUGACUAUCCCCAACGGCAUGAAAGGAAUUGACGUCCGAUAAUCUCCGAUACCGUGCCACCCCCUCCCCCCCUUCUUGACGGUCGAAAAUCUACCGCCAGCAGUUUUUUUCUCCUGAACCCACCAAACCAUAAAAACCACCAUCAAAUAUUUUUUUAUUCUUCAGGAGUUUUUUUCACUGCUGGUCGGAUUUGUGUUUAAUCGCUUCCCUUGACAAUGCCUAUAAACUGGCAUUUAAUAAUAAAUUAAAUUAAAUUACUGUACAGUGAGUAGUUAACGAGAGAACUGCGUUUAUUCAAAAAAUGUGCGGGCAUUGAAUUCGCAGUCAUCUGCUUAGCACUAAUAAGCGAAAAAAAGUCUAGUCUCGCCCGACUAAGUAGUCAGUAUUUUUUCUUGAAGCUAAAUGUUCAUUGUUGCGUAAAAGAGGAGAAAAGUAGGUUCAGCUUGAGAAGUCCGCAACCCCAGAUGCAGGUGUGUCCCCUGUUAGGCUCGUGCUUUGAAGAAAACUAAGCAGAAGAAGAGGCAAAAGCGAGCAUGUGUUGUUUGACCGUUUCGAAUACGGCACUACCCUACUUCUUUUGCUAGUUACCCUAACUUGGAGUGCUUCCUAACUGGAACUCGUGCCCAAUUUUGAGUAAUUUUUGCCGGGGAAGGAGGGAAAAAGGCGUAAGUUUUUUUUUAAGGUUAAAUCAAAGUCGAAAUUCUCCGAACCGACACUUUUAAUUCCUGAAUAAGGGUUUUACUGAUGCUCGACCAUGUGGUCAACUCAUUAAUUUGCAUCUAAAGCGAUCAUCCUCUACGCUUUUCUUAUGAUUUUUCUCGCUCCCCUUUUUGCCUGCCUACAGAGUGA